AUGCUCGUUAUAUUAGAGUCUAAGCUGACCUAUGUGUGCUGUGAGGUCAGUCCUAUCACACAUCUCAGAGCGACCUCAUCACGGCAAGGUUGCUUCCAGACCGCUGUCCGUGACCAUCAAUCAUAUUGGCGGACGCGCAAGCCAUCGCCCUUGAGCGCGAUAUUUUAUUCUGGAACGGUUGGCCAGGUUCUGUAUAUCUGCAUAGAAACAGGGCGCUUCCAUUGA